UUUAAUAACAUUAAACUACUGCUAAAGAGGCUUUGGUGCCUGGUGCCUCUGUGAUGUGCAGUGGGGAGUUAAACUCGGCAGAGGCUUUAUUUUGAAACUUCUGGGCGGAAGUCCCCGUGAGCCUGCCUAGCUUGGCAGCUAGCCUGCGCAGCAAGUCUCCUUGCCGCCGCCGCUAAAACGGUUCAGUGCAGGACUUUCUCCUCCAUCACUUCCUUCUACUGAGCAAUGUGUUGUGAGGCAGGGGGGUGUGAGGAGCGCCACUCUUCACUGCUUCACGCGGCUCGGGAGCCAUGGCGGAGGGGGUACUGAGGACGACCCAGCGGCCGGAGCACAGCGGGUCACCAGGAGCGGCUCAGCGCACAAGGAAGGACCCACGUUCUCACCUGCAGCUCAGCCUCUAGAACCGUUACUGACGGAAUACAAUGGUGACGUCUGCUAAACUUUUCCGCACAUCCCCAGCUUUGGUCACGCGCGGCCGCUUUAACUUUUCACCAACUGGCAGUUGUCGAUUCUCGAUGGUAUCGUAGCGACGCGGAGUUUGGUGUGCUUUUCUCUUCUUCCAGGACCUGUGUCCUGUAAAGCCAUCUGCCUCGGGCGGAAAUCUGGCGUACUGUCCCGCAGCGAGCUCGCACAGCGCCUCGUUAAUAUUUCAUAGCCGAAUCAGAGGUUAACAUGGGGGCAAAGCAGAGCAGCCCCACUGCUAACCCAGCUGCUAACGGACGGACCAGAGCCUACUCCGGCUCGGACCUGCCCUCCAGCACGUCCGGCAGCAGCGCUGGCAGGACUGCCGCCCGGGGGGCGAGGUACCACGGUGCGUCCGGAGCCUCCGGACCCAGCACCAGCCAGCAGAUCGGAGCCAGGGCCAGGUCUGUUGGGGGCUCGAGUUUAAGACCCCACUCUGGCAUUAACAUUCCCAACAGCGGCGGGGGCUACAGCUCCCCGGAGUCCGGCGGCAGCAGCCCAGAGGAGGCGGCGGACAGGGAGCGCUCGGGCGGAGGGCAAGAAGUUCCCCGGCUGUUGAUUGGAUCAUUACCAGCACACCUUUCGCCUCAUCUGUUCGGAGGCUUCAAGUGCCCUGUGUGCUCCAAGUUUUUGGCCUCAGAUGAGAUGGAUCUUCACCUUGUGUUGUGUUUAACUAAACCCAGAGUGACAUACAAUGAGGAUGUCCUGCCUCGGGAUGCAGGAGAAUGUGCCAUCUGCCUGGAGGAGCUGCAACAGGGAGACACCAUCGCUCGCCUGCCCUGCCUCUGCAUCUACCAUAAAGGCUGUAUCGACGAGUGGUUUGAGGUGAACAGGUCCUGUCCUGAGCAUCCAUCGGAUUAAAGCUUUCAUUGCACAGGAACAUGAGACGUCCCCAGAGGGAUCUGCAAAAAUGAAAUCCCUGGAUUCAGGGACUCUGCUGGACUCUAUGACCACUGUGAUCAGUUAGCACCCUUCCUCCCACAACCCACCCACCCAAUAAUGUAGUACCACAGUGUGCCAAAUGUCAUUUAAGCAAUCUUCAGGGAUACAAACUUGUGUGUUUUAUGUUUAAGUUGCACAUCUACACUCAGCAUCAGAGUUGACAGACUCCUCCAGCCCUGACGCUCGGGGCAUCACCAGUAUACACCAGUACACCAGUAUGGAGGAGGAGGAGGGAGACUGUUGGCUGACGCGCUCCGACUCGCCCCCUCCCCUCCUCCGUCAGCAUCAGUGUCUCCCAGUGCCUUGUUGUAGCGACGCUCGGCACGCAGCAGCCAGGACAGAGGGGAGUCCAGACUACGGCCGAGCCGGCUGUCCUCCACCCAACGCCCUACAACCCCCACCACCACCAGGACCAUCUUACCACAACUGCCAUUCUACCCGAGCAGGAGAAA